UCGAGGCAGUCAGCCCGCGACGCCUUGAAGAUAAGACAAAAGUGUUAUUUUUCGAAUAGAAAAACGAGUUUAUCUUCAAUUCUUUUAAAUUUUCUUCAUCUAAAUUGAAAAUAUAUUCCAGUUCGUAAUUUGUUUUAAAAUAAAAAGAAAAGAUUUUAAAUCUAAGAAUGCUAGAAAUUCAUAUAUAAAUUAAAAUACAUCUGGAUUUAGAGUAUAGAAAAUACUACAAAAAUUAAAAUGCCCUUCCUGAAAUGUCAGUUUUUCAAACCUAAUAAAGUUCUUCAAAUUCGUAAAGUUAGCACCUCUGUUCUGCCAGAGUUGCCAGAAUGUAAACACAUACCAUCUGCAUACACCGGACCCGAUUACGAGAUCUUGGCAAAAGCUCACGGGACGACAAUAUCCCCGAGUUUAAAACCAUUUUACAAAAAACCGUUGUUAAUUCAUGAAGGAAGGGGACAGUGGCUUUGGGAUCAUGAAGGAAACAGAUUUCUGGAUAUGUUUGGAGGAAUUGCGACGGUUUCGGUCGGACACUCCCAUCCAAAAGUAGUGGCAGCAGCCACAGAGCAAAUGCAAAAAUUGGGACAUACAACAACGAUUUAUAUGCAUCCUCGAUAUUUGGAAUACGCUGAAAAAUUAACUGCAAAAUUACCUGGCGAUCUCAAGGUUGCUUAUUUAGUGAACAGCGGUUCAGAAGCAACAGAAUUAGCCCUUUUAAUGGCGAGGCUUUACACCGGAAACAAUGAAAUUAUUUCUCUUAAAAAUUCUUAUCACGGGGGUACACUUACUGCUUCCACAACAACAGGAUUGUCCACUUUCAGGCAUCCUAUUUAUCGACCGGGAGGUCAUAUUCACGUAAUGAAUCCUGAUGUUUAUUUGGGUCCUUGGGGAGGUUCUCGAUGUAGGGACAGUCCGAUUCCACCAGGUGGUAGGAAAUGUGACUGUGAACCAAAUGAAUGCUCUGCAUGUGAAAAAUACUUUUCGGAAUUCUUGGACACUUUUAAAUUUUCUCUGCCCAGAGAUGGAAAUAUCGCUGCUUUCAUUGCUGAGAGCAUUCAAGGAAUUGGAGGUGCAGUUCAGUAUCCAAAAAGUUAUUUGAGCAAAGUUGCGAGUCAUGUGAAGAGAAAGGGAGGCCUCUUUAUAGCGGAUGAAGUUCAAACUGGUUUUGGAAGAACAGGAGAACAUUUUUGGGGUUUUGAGGCUCAUGGAAUUCAACCGGAUAUUGUCACGAUGGCCAAAGGAAUCGGAAAUGGUUUUCCACUUGGUGCAGUUGUGACGACAAUGAAAAUUGCAAAUUCUUUAAAUAAAGCGGCGCAUUUUAAUACGUUUGGCGGAAAUCCAGUGGCCUGUGCAACUGCCUCUGCUGUUCUUGACGUGAUUGAAGAGGAAAAAUUGAAAGAAAAUUCAUUGGAGGUCGGAACCUAUUUGCUUCACCGGCUGAGUACUUUGAUGGUAGAAUUUCCGAAUGUAAUUGGUGAUGUGAGAGGAAAAGGAUUGAUGAUUGGAGUUGAACUCGUUAACGAUCCCGAGACGAAAAAACCCUUGGAAAGUCAGCACAUGACAGACAUUUUUGAGGACAUAAAAGAAAUGGGAGUUCUCCUUGGAAAAGGAGGUUUAUACGCAAACGUGUUGCGACUGAAACCACCAAUGUGCGUUACAAAGAAGGACGCGGACUUCACAGUCGAGACAAUAGAAGCAGCUUUGAGAAGGCACCAAGAUAGAAUCGUAUCCGCCGAACCCGUCUACGUCGGUGUGCCUUAAAUCUCUCACAGUUUUUCCAGAUCUUUUAAAUCUUCAUAAAACAAAACAAAACAAAACAAAAUUAUGCGUUAAAAGCAAAAGGGACUUAAAAACUCGAAUAAUCUCGAAAAGAUAAGAGAGAAAAAAAGUAUUUUUCACAAUAAUUGUGUUUAUUUCCACGUCUUUUAUACAUUUGUACAAUGUUAUUUUUGUUUAAAUAUAAUAAUAUAAUGUAUGCUAGCUUAUAAAGCGCUUAGUGCCAUUUGUAUAAAGAAAAAAACAAACAAAAAAACUCACUUUCCACUUUGGAGGUUUUAGCAUAAAAAUAAAAAAAACCAUCAGACUCUAAGAAGUAAAAUCGUUGCUUCUGCAGGAUUAUUGUUUAAAAAAGAUCAUCUCUGAAAAGGAAGACUGCGUUUUUUCGAUAUAAAAUAUCAGAUAUUUAUAGGGAGUUAAAAAUUGUGAUAGAGGAGCACUCGCGAGAUUCCUAUAUGUCAGAUCAGUAAGUUUUUACAAACUAUUUUCGAAAGAAAAUCAAAAUAGAUUCACAAAAAAUGUAGAAAAACUUGCAUGAGUUUCACUGCAUCACAACAUUAAAAUAAUUACAAUAAUAAUAAUAAUAAUAAUAAUAAUAAUAAAAUUAAGUUAAAAUUACCUAGCUUGUACUAUAAUGAAAUAACUUGUCAGUUCUGUAAAUCACACUCGACUAUUCGUCGUCUAUUUAAAAUUAUUUAAAUAGUGAUUUAAACCCGAAAUGAGAAAGUAAAUACAU